AGGCCCUGCUAUCCCGUUUGAAAGGUUCGAUCGAGAGAGAGAGAGAGAGCAAGAGAGGGAGAAGAAUGGGUGGGAGCGUUCUGGGGCUGUGUAUGCCUUCCCCUGCAUCGAUUUCCCUCUCUAAAAGGUUGCCGAUAUCCUCAUUCGGUGGGCUGAGGUUGAGCACUACCCGCCAUCUAUCGUCUGGAGUGAGAGUGGCCGCUCCUUCUAUUGGUAGGUCCUCAAGGCGGAGCGUCGUGAUGAUGGCCAAGCGGGAGGAGGAGAUGAAGGAGAUAAGAGAAAUGUCCACUGAGCAGAUAAACAAUGAGGUAGUCGAUCUCAAGGGCGAGCUCUUCAUGCUCCGCCUGCAGCGCUCUGCCAGGAACGAGUUCAAAUCCAGCGAAUUUGGACGAAUGAGAAAAAGGAUUGCUCGGAUGUUGACGGUUAAGAGAGAAAGGGAGAUAGAGGAAGGAAUCAACAAAAGGCUAUCCAGAAAGCUUGACCGUAAAUGGAAGAGAAGCAUUGUUGUUAGACCACCACCAUCACUAAGGAAGAAGCUAGAGGAAGAAAAGGCAGCAGCAGAGGAAAAAAGUACAUGAGCAAAUGUAGCAUAAUUUUGCACAUAACUCGAGACUCAUAGAUGUGAAUGUUGCUUAGAUCUGUUUUGAGGGCAUUCGUUUCAAAUGUCAAAAAUUGUUUGAUUCGAAAACCACAAGACUGCCUUUUGCUUCUUUUCUGUCAUUAAAGGUUGAACGUUUUGUUAAAGAGGAACGGCCACUAGUAGAUUCUUUGCCUGUACACAACCGUUCCUCUAUGUGUUUAGUUAGUUCGUCAGAUGUUGCGAUUAAGACCCAAAAAAUUGGCUUCGUGGAGCUGCAGUGGCUGUCAAACAGGCAUUAUGAUUCAUUUUCAUUCUUGGGAAUGUUUACCACUGCUGCGGAAGGUGUUCAGAUUCA